AUGGAAUCCCGCACGAGUUUCUUGGUGCGACUGCUCCUACUGGCACUGCUGCCCCUCAGCUUCGCCCUCAAAUUCGACAUCCAGGCGCAUCCCGGAGCAGAGUCGGCGAGCAAGGAACGCUGCAUUCGUAACUUUGUCGCAAAGGACCAGCUUGUCGUCGUGACGGCAACCAUCAGCGGACACAGAGGAGAUGGCCAGGUCUUGAACCUGCACGAUGCCGUCGGCAACGACUACCACAGGCCUCGCGACGUCGCCGGCGAAGGUCGCUACGCUUUCACCUCUCACGCCGAUUCCGCCUUUGACGUCUGCUUCGAGAACAUCUUGACCUCAAACACCGGAGUCCCGAACCCCAGCCGUCACGUUGAACUCGACAUCGACAUUGGCGCCGAUGCAAAGGACUGGUCUGCCAUUCAAGCCGGCGAGAAGCUUCAGCCCGUCGAGACGGAGUUGCGCAGAAUUGAAGAGAUGGUUGCCGAGGUUGUCUCCGAGUUGGAUUACCUUCGUAUUCGCGAGCAGAAGUUGAGAGAUACCAAUGAGAGCACCAACGAGCGUGUUAAGUGGUUCGCUUUUGGCACCAUGGGUAUGCUGGUCGGUCUGGGCGCAUGGCAGAUUGUCUACCUGCGUGCUUACUUCAGAUCCAAGCACCUCAUCUAG